GAUCAUUGACGCAGAGUCUCUAAGAAGUGUGUUGGGAACUAGGUUAAACAAUGAGUAGGUAACUCGAGUAUUUCUGGAGAUCAUUUGAAAUCUUGACACAACAAUAAACAUAAGACAUUACGUGGUGUUAACUGUUUAUAGUUUCUAUAAACUGACCUUUGUCUCAAACAAAAUUUGGAAAAGUUUCGGUUUGAAGAUUUCCAUUCAUUAUUAAUGCGAAAAUUGUAAAUCUUUAUAAAAUGAUGGUCAUGUGGAAAAAAAUUGUUCUACUUUUCUGUGGACUGUUCGAAACGCUUGUGUUUAGUGGUAAUGUUCUGGGAUGGACUGCUUUAUCUUAUAUGUUGAAGAAAGAAGGCGUCUAUUUGGAGGUGUGCUUAUCAGAUGACGUCUCUUUGGACAACAAAAUAGAAAUGACUAGUAAUUCUCAGGCUGUGGACCAAAUGAUUAGUAAAGACCUCUAUUUUAACCAGACGCAAGGUCAGGAGGGCUCCAUAGCCAAUUUGACGCACCCUAAGGCAACAAAUGAAACAGUUACCGGAUGUGUUGCCCAAGACAGAAUGUUGAACUUAGCUUAUACCAUUGGAUCAUUUUGUAUCGGUUCCUCUGCUGUUAUCUCGGGCUUUCUUUUGGAAACAUGGGGUCUGAGGAAUACAAGGCUGGUUGCUAA